UUUUACUGUCAAAUCUUCUGAUUUAUGUGAUAUUAAAAUAAGAAAACUCUAUCUGUCAUUGAGAGAUAAAUAUUGAACUGUUUGAAUAUAUUGUGAAGUAUUAAUAUGAAUGAUGUCAUCUGCUGUUUCAGGUGUGAGUGAAGCAGAAGUGAAUGAUGUGUUCAUCAGUUCUGGUGAAAGUGUGUCUCUGUCCUGUAAUGAUGCUCUUCAUCAAUGCUCCUCAACUACAUGGAUCUAUAAUAAUUAUACAACAUCAUCUACAGUAGAAGUGUUUACUGGAGGAAUAAAUCGGAAUAACACUGAAAGAUCUGAGAGACUGAGUCUGACAUCUAACUGCUCUCUCAACAUCUAUAAAACAACACAACAUGAUGCUGGAAGUUACAUCUGCAUACAAUAUGUGAAUGGACGUCUACAUGGACCUUAUUCACAUGUUUUUCUACAUGUUCUUCAUGUGUCUUCAUCAUCAUCAUCAUCAUCACAGACUGAGAUAAGAGCAAACACAUCUGUCACUCUCUCCUGUCAGCUGUUUUCAUAUGACUGUGAUCAUGUGUUCAGUUAUUAUGAAUACCAGCUGGUGUGGAUGAAUCAGACUGAUGUUGAUCUACAGACAGACUCCAGAUAUCAGAUUAGAUCAGAUGAACUCUGUCUCAUCUCUCUGACUACAACACUCGUGAAUGAAGACGACAACACAGAGUUGAGAUGUGUGCUCAAACACAAGAAUGACAUCAAGACCUCAGUCACAUAUACUGUCAGAUUUACAGGUAAGACAUCACUCUGACAGGAGUGUCCUGAACUCAAAGUGACUUCAGUCAUUAAACUCUGUACUGAUGAUGAAGAAAUGACAUAAACAUGAAAUAUGAUUGUGAUGUUCUACAGUAUGAUGUCUCUGAACAUUCAUCAUCUUCUACAGAUUCAAACAAGAUUCUAGUGACCACCACAAACCCUGAGAGAUUCUCAACUCAUAACACACCAGAAACUACACAACAACAAGGUAUAUCAUCGGCGUUUGUGUGUGUGUGUGUGUUUGUGUGUGUGUGUUUGUGUGUGUGUGUGUGUUUGUGUGUGUGUGUGUUUCCACAUUAUGACUCAUCUAAACUAAAACUAAACUUUGUUUUUUACAGCAUCAUCUACAACAUCAAUAAUAAUAAGAGGUAUGAAGUGUUGAUUGUGAUCCAUGUGUCCUGUUACAUAAGUACAUGAGUGAAACUCUCACUGAACUCAUCUUGUGUUUGUUUCUCAUGUGUAGUGUUUGAGAGUUUGAUGGAUUUAAUGGUGUUCUUGUGUCUUCUAGUGAUUCUAGUGAUUGUUGAGGUGUCAGUGUUUGCUGCUCCUACUGUCAUUCUUCUUCAGAUCAUC